AUGUGGGCGCCGAGCUGCCCGCCGGGCCCCGGGGGCUGGGACCGCCGCAGGGUGGGCGCCCGGCUGCGCGCGGCGCUCGCGGGGCUGCGGGAGCUGCAGGGGCUGCGCGCCACACAGCAGGCGCGCGUGCGGGGCGCCCUGGCCAUGCAGUUCCCGCCGGGCCCCGCCGCCCCCCAAGACCUCGCGCGCCCGGAGAACCCCCGCGGCCCCCGCGCGCACGAGCUGCGGUUGGAGGCGGCGCUGGCGGCGCUGCAGGAGCAGCUGAACCGCUUACGACGCCAGGACGUCGGCCUGAAGACCCACUUGGAACAGCUGGACCGGCAGAUCGGCGAGCUACAGCUGGACGGGAGCGGGCCCUGCGGCAGGGCGGCGGACGGCGACAGCAGGCCCAGCUCGGGCUUCUACGAGCUGAGUGACGACGGCUCCUGCUCCCUGUCUGCGUCCCGCACAUCCGUGUGUCGUGACCGCGCGUCCUCCUCCCGGGGCACUCUGCUGCCGGCCGACCCCACGGCCAGGCCCGAUGCGGGGGACGGCCGGCCCCGGUCGGCCGAAGAGACCACUGUGCACGGAGCGCCCCUGCCCGCCUGGAGACCCCUGGCCACAGAGGAGGGCGUGUCCCGGCCUAGGCCAGUGUCUACAGGUGAUCUUGAAAGAGUCCUGCCGUCCGAGCUGGAGCUCCAGAAAGCCAGUGCAGACCCAAAGUCCACUUCCGUUCUCUGCCCCGGGAUGGACCUCCCAGCCCCCGUGCUGGACCCCAAGUAUCAGUGUGACCUGGUGUCCAAGGGAGGCAGGGAGGUGUACCCGUACCCCAGCCCCCUGCACGCUGUGGCUCUGCAGAGCCCUCUCUUCGCUCUCCACAAGGAGGCCCUGCCGAGUCCGGGCCACUCGCCCCCAAGGGAGCCCCUUCCCAGCCCGGCGGCCCUGGGCUCCAUCCAGACCAGACCCGUCCUUGAGGCUGGCCCAGCUGCGGCCUAUAUAGACAGGCUGCUGAGGCUGCACGGCCGAGGGAUCCCCCUGAGGGGCAGCGUGGGUGAGCAGGGACCCCCAAGACAUGAGGUGCCCCUACCCCCGCCUAUGCUUGGUGGCCAGAGAGCAGAGAGGGACAGGCUGGUGUGCACCCCAGAGAGAGCAGGGAUGGGUAGGAUGGCUCGGAGUGCGGACACCGGCAGGGACAGCCUCAAGCAGGGACCUGAGCGCCUCACAGCCACCCCUCACCCCAGGAGCCUUCCAGAGGAGGGACCCGAACCCCAGAAUGGCUGCGUCCAUGGGGAGACCACACGGGGCUCCCCUCCACAAGGGCGUGGGCCAGCUCCAUCUCCCUGCCUACAGGCUCUGCAACCGGCUCUCAGUUGCCAGGACGGCACGGUCCGGUGGCCCACCUGGAAGGGGGGCAGGGAGAGCCCCGCGCUGGCCCCAGGCCUCUGUGCCCAACCCCCGUUUGCUGACCAUGGAGCUUUCCUCCUGGGGCUGAACACAGGCCACCCCAAGACAAAGGCUGUGAAGGUCAAGAGAGGGGCCACCGACAAGGUCCAGCCGUCCCCCGGGAGGACCUUCGCAGCCCCCCUGCUGCCCCCAGAGUGGGGGCAGGGUCUCAGGAGGAGGCCCGUGCCGGCAGGGGCAGUGCCUAGCCGGUCCUGCUCUGAGCCCAGACUCUACCCCGUGCCCCUUCUGGUGCCCCUGCUGGUGACCCGACGGGAGGGUCACCGGGCCCCGGUGCAGGCCUUGUUCCCCUUGGAAGUGGCGGCUGGUGUGCAGGUGCGGAAGCAGCAGCGGAGGUGGCUGUCCUCUGUGGAGGUCGCGGGCAGCCUGGGGCCCCCCAAGCCAGCAGUGAGCCGAGCCAGGGGCCCGCAGCCGGGGUGUGCCCGGGCCAGGCCCAGGCUGCCCCGCCAGGAUGCCCGGGUCAGGAGUGAGUCAGAGGGCUCCGAGCCGUCGGCCAAGGACGCCUCCUUGCUCUACUCCACGGUGGCCGAGACCAGCGAGGACGGGGCCAGCGACCACACCACCAGCCGCUUUGGAGACCGGGAAUCCAGCAGCAGUGACUCAGAGGUCGGGGCCUGGCCUCGGGCGUGUCCCCCGCAGCCCUCAAGGGCCCCAGGCGCCCGCAGGCCACCCCUGCCCCCGAUGCCCAAGCUGUGUCGCAUCAAGGCCUCCAAGGCCCUGAGGAGAAAGAUCCGAAGGUUCCAGCCAGCGGCGCUCAGGGUCAUGACCAUGGUGUGAGGCCCCGGAAGUUGGCAGAGAGCCUCGUUGGCCAGGCCCAGGCCAGGGUUAUCCCCAGGAAAGCCGUCCUCUGCGGAGCGCGGAUGAGCACGCAGGCCCUGGCUAAGGACGGGCUCUCGCUUCCCUGGCUGCCCGCCGUGUGGUGCGGGUCUGGGUAGACUUGCCAACACGGAUUUUCUCCCAGGUCACUCGGGUGAAGUGGGUCCCUGGGCUCGCCCCAUGGACCAGCUCUGAGGAGCGUGUCCCCCCCCCAGUGGUGCCCCUACCCCUGCGGCCUCCGUGUCAGCAUCCUCCCUGGGCAGAUGUCCCAUCCAGGCUUCCCCUGGUGAUGCUCCCUACCUGCAGCCCUGGGCCCCCUACCCCAGCCCUGUUCUGCAUAGCUGGGCACAGGGUCAGCCCAGUCCUUCUGAACCAUCCCCG